UUGAUAAUUCAUAUUCAGCGCGAAAAACAAGAGAACACUUCGCCUAAGAAGGAAUCUCCAGAGGUGACGAGAAAAAGUGAGUCAUCGCAAGAAGAAACAGUCCACGUCGUGCCUGUCUACGAAGAAGCAACUGAGGAGGCAUCCCAAAAAGAGACGGUUGAGGCCGUGAAAGAAAUGGAGCAGGAAAUGAGUAACGUCGCCUUGGAGGUUCUUACUCGUGACGUCCCGCAAGAACAGACUCCACUCGAUGUCGUGCCAAGCCAAUGCUCCUAUGAAAAGCUCAAAUGA